AUGGAAAAUAACAUAGAAUUAGAAAUAUCAACACAGCAUCCUGAAGCAUAUGAAAUAAGUAGACCAUUAAGUGAAUAUAUCAAUGCUGCAAAAUUACUUUCAAGAGAUUCUAGAGAAGAUGAUUUGGCUAUAGAAUGGCCAGAUUCUAGUUCAGUAGAUAAAAUCGGCGAAGAAUUAGAAUAA